AUGAGAUCAUCAAACAAAUUGCCCACUCCAUCGCUUCCAUCGACCGAUUGGUUUCUCAAUUUGAAGCCGAUUCUUCCAUCAUUCUCUUUACCAAAUGAUGAAACAUUGAAUUGUCUUCCAUCAACAAGCAAUAAUCAACUGCCAAAAAAGACUCAAGAUCAUCAAGAGAAUCAUCGAAAUUUGACGAAUUCUUCGAUUCUCUUGUUUUCAAAUGGGAAAUCUAUCGAAAGGUCAAAAUUCAUUGGCACAAAUGGUAAUUCAGUGAUGUUGACGCCACCGCACACGCCGGAAGAUGGAUUGAAGACAGCUCUCCUCCAAACUCAAAUCGAUUACAAAAUCUUUCCUCAGCGUCCUCCAUUCAACUAUCAACAGUUAAUUGUGAUGGCGUUGAAGUCAUCAAAAAUGCAAAAG